UUGGCUCACAAGAAGUAAAUGUGUGACGUAUUUAAUCGCUUGGGAAGUAAAUAAUCAAGGUUUGGUACGAAACAAAGUUUUGUGCUUUAGUUUUUGGAGUACAAAGUUAAAUCGACAUUUUAUCACAUGAUCGUUUUUUCGUUUGUCUCUUGAAACUCUAAUGUUAAAUCGCAAAUACUAUUGUCAAGUCUGAAUCGUUGACUGCACGUCAUUUUAAGGUUGACAGUUCAGUUGGAGGAGAUGUGGCCUGAUAAAUAUGUUAUUGCAUGUUACUGAUUUACGGCUUUAGCAGAAAAAAACCUGUAGAAAAGUAAAGUUAUUGGAAAACUCCAUGUGGAGAAGAGUGGCGGUACUUGGACCUUCGGUGUCAAACAGAUUUGCAAUCGCAGGUUGUCUUGAUAAGGGCAUAAUGUCUCGUAAAUUGCACGCGAGAAGGAUUGAAGGAAUUGACAAAAAUAUAUGGGUGGAAUUCACUCAGCUGGCUGCCGAUUAUAAGUCUGUCAACCUGGGUCAAGGGUUCCCUGAUUUCCCCCCUCCUAGCUUCAUUCAGGAAGCCUUCUGCAACGCACUGAAUGGAGGUUUCGCCAUGCACCAGUACACACGUGCUUUUGGCCACCCAAAUCUUGUGAAGAUCCUGGCCAAGUUCUUCAGUAGGAUUGUUGGCCGGGAAAUAGAUCCCAUGGAAGAUAUCUUGGUUUCUGUUGGAGCAUAUCAAGCACUUUUCUGCACCUUCCAGGCUCUUAUUGACGAGGGUGAUGAGGUGAUUAUUGUGGAGCCAUUCUUUGACUGUUAUCAACCAAUGGUAAAGAUGGCGGGAGGAACAGCUAUAUAUGUCCCCCUUAAACCAAGGGAAUGCUGUGGUCCUGCUUUAUCCAGUGCUGACUGGGUGUUGUCUCCUGAAGAGUUGGCGAGUAAAUUUAGUCCUCGUACCAAAGCCAUUGUCUUUAACACUCCUAAUAACCCUCUUGGCAAGGUCUAUCUGCAGGAAGAACUUCAGGUGAUUGCUGACUUAUGCAUUAAACAUGAUGUCAUUUGCAUCAGCGACGAGGUGUACGAGUGGCUCACAUAUGAUGGAACAAAACAUGUGAAGAUCGCCAGUCUGCCAGGUAUGUGGGAACGCACUGUCACCAUUGGGAGUGCUGGCAAGACUUUCAGUGCCACAGGGUGGAAGGUGGGUUGGGCAAUGGGAUCAGCGCAUAUCCUGAAGCACUUAAAAACCGUCCAUCAGAACUCAGUGUAUCACUGUGCCACAGCUGCCCAGGAAGCCGUAGCAGUAGGUUUUCAGAGGGAAUAUGAUUUAUUUGGAACAGAGGAUAGCUAUUUCGUCCAGUUACCCCUCCAUCUUCAUGAAAAGCGACUGAGACUGGCAGAUUGUCUGAAGAGCGUUGGCCUGAAACCUAUUCUGCCCCAGGGAGGAUACUUUAUGAUUGCAGAUAUCUCAAAUAUUAAUAUCAACCUUACUGACCCUAGUACUACAGACGAACCCUAUGACUACAGAUUUGUGAAAUGGCUCAUAAAAGAGAAGGGCCUGGCAACUAUCCCUGUGUCUGCAUUCUACAGUCCAGAACACAGAGAAGAAUUCCAGAAAUACAUCCGAUUCUGCUUCGUAAAGGAGGACUCUACCCUGCAAGCAGCAGAGGACAUCCUGAGGCAGUGGAGUAAAAGCAAAUGAAAAUUUAAUAUACUGACAGUAUAGGCCUUCAAGCAGUGUGAAAAGCAAAGUGAAAAUGAGAGUUUGGGAUAUGCAUAGUUAUUUAAAAAGCAUUUGUUUCUAGGGUUGGGGAUAGUUCACCCCUAAAAUUAAAAUUAAGUCAUCAUUUACUCGCCCUGGUGUUGUUCUAUUCCAUCUUUAUCGGAACACAAAAGAAUAAAUAAAUAAAUUAACGUCUUGCUCGCACUCAUAAUUUUAAUGGCAGCCAAUAUUGUUUCCUGAAUCAAGCUAAUUAAAAAGGACUCAAAAGGACCAUAGUAUGGUCCCAUGUGUCAUGUGCUUCAAGUAUUCUGGGGGUAUAUGAUAGGGCUUAGUAAAAAACAAACCGAAAUUGAAUGUAUUAUUUACAGAAAAUCCUGACCUUGGCCUUUCUUCUUCUGUACACGGCAUACAUUCAUGAGACUCUGAUAGGGCUGCAGUUCACUCUGA